UUUCGCAUGUGAUUGUGCAAACAUUAAAUUAAUAUGUACUUACAAAACAAGAAAACUCAGCUGUAAAAAUAAUAUCAGAAUUUGUGGAUUUUGUUUCAACCGCAGGCUAUCGUCACAAUGAGAAAUAAUCGUUUCAAGAUAAAGAAAGGUAUUUUGACAGUCUACAAACAACUGUAAAUUUAGGUAAGAUGAGACACUGCCUUCACCAUGGACUCGACAAGUUCAAAUGCACAUGAAGUAAUGACCUCGAAUAUAAAAAAAGUAUUCCACCACAAAGGGAAAUCUUUCCUGCGGGAAGUACUUUUAGCGGAUGCAAACGUACCAUACAAAUUAUCCGUAGACCGAAGUAAAAACAAAUUGUUUUUCUGUAUAAAUGCUGACGAUUUCUCUAACCAAAGUUUCCAUUUAGUAGUGUUGGAUCUUGAGACUGGGAUGCCGUGGGUCAUCCAGGGAAUACGAAACGGGUUUGCGAGCGCCGUAGAUCCCGCCACCGGCACCGUAUAUCUCGGUGGGAGCAAUGGCAUCUUCAAAUACAACUAUAAUACAUUAGCUGCUCAAAGUCCCGUGCUCAAUAGAGUCGAUGUCUUUGAUAUGUUCUUCAAGAAUGAACUUUACUUCGUUGACACGGCAACGCAGGCUUUGUCCAUUCUCAGAAAUACCACAAAAGUUCCCGUUAAAGCUCUAAAGGGCUAUUUGAUUCAGCAUUUCGUAAUAGAUGGCAACGAUGAUUUUCUUUUCACUAAUUCAAUGGGUCUUUAUAUCUUACGUCACGGAAAUCAAGCUGCUAAUUUGGUCCCCUAUAGCGAUACUAUGAACUUCAGGGGGGCGGCUGUGGAUACUGACGGACGCGCACAUUUUAUCACUGAAGAUGGUGUUUAUCAGGUUGAUAAGAAUACGAAUCAGUUACGGAAAUGGUUAUCGGUCCGGAAUGGAUAUGGUUUGGCAUUCGACAAAUAUAAUAAUAUAAUUUACAGCGAUGAGCGAUCUGUUUAUAAAAUCUGCCCUUUAGAAUAUAGUACAGAUGAUGGUGAAAAUUCUUAGCGUUGACAAUAAAGC